GUUACAGACUCGCACUCUAUUAUCUGACCAUCACCUUUACCCUGAUUAUUUAAUACCUGUAUUUGUUAAACGACUUAAACGUGUAAAUUUAAGUGACAAUGACAUUCCACUGUCAGUUUUGAACUGAAGGUGGAAAAGCAGGAAUAUCAUGUAUACAAAGGAUUUCGACUGGUGCACCCUGAAUUGCCAACAAGAGAAUCACAUCGCAUGCGUUCAUAAAGGCCAAUGCAAACCGAUCAGCCCUUGUACUGUGCCCAAAUUUGAUCCCGCAGAGAUUGUUGAGGAGCAUAACAAACUAAGAAAUAAAUUUGCCAAAGGCGAAACAACACAAGCACCAGGAGUGACUGCCUCUAACAUGAUUGCCCUCGACUGGGACUGGGAUUUGGCGUUUCUCGCCACGUGCAAUCUAAAAAAGUGCGAAGACUCGAUGAAACAUGACCACUGCCACGUGACUGAGACCCAUAAAAGCGCGGGACAAAAUUUGGCAUGGACGAAAGGAUUUAAGGAUCCCUGCGAAAAACGAAUAACUAAUAUGGUCAAUGACUGGUUUGAUGAAAUUAAACCCCUAACCGCAGAUCAAAUUAAAGCAUUGACAAGCAAUUUUCAGAUGCCUCCUAUGGCCGGUCAUUUUACUCAAUUAGUAUGGGCGGAGAUAACACAUGUUGGAUGUGCCCUAACCAGUAAAGACGAUGGCACAAGUACUAUUUGUACUUUGGCAUGUAACUAUGGCCCGGCGGGCAACAUUCUAACAGAUUCGAUGUUUAAAGAGGGCGCAGCUGCGAGUGCAUGUUCAAAUGGAUUGUCUGCCAACGCCAAAUACCCCGGACUAUGUGGAGAGGGAUACAAAGCAACUGAUAAUCCAUACGAGCUUAAUUCUGUAUCUAGUAUUUAUGGAAACUCACAGCUUGCUUUAAUUUUGUUUAGUAUUGGAAAUGUUUUAAUUGCUUUUGUAAAUUUAAUUAAUUAA